UGACAACAGUGUGAGAAACAAUGUUGAUGACAUGGAGCUCGAGGACGAAGAAGAUACCGAUGCUGCAGAUACCAGCCGCACCGUGACAGACUUAGCUCAGCAAGACCACGACUCAGAGGAUGAUGUCAGCCCUGACCGUGACUCAGACAGCGAGGAGGACCCUCCAGGCGACAAGAGCGAUGUGGAAAGUGAGGGUGAAGACGCCGAGUUGUAUGGUUCUGAAGACGGAGAUGAUGAGCCUGAUGAAGAUGAGUUGGGCCCAGAGGACGGCGAGGAUGGGCACUUGCCACUGGAUGAGGAAGCAGCACGGCUGGGAUACAGUGAGCUGUAAUGACGUACAUGUGAGGCCGAUCGCCGCAAAGUACACGCCUACCCGCUGGUGAUACUACAGUCUUGAGUGAUACCAUUCCAAAGGUGGCCGCAACAGAAAGCAUGCAACGAAAAACAGCCGCCUUGGUGACAUUUCGACAGAGAGAACAGCAGCCCGGUGCGCAGUCGACGGAGAAGAAGCCAGGUAGUUGUUGAUGCUGCCGAACGUGAAAGGCCCAGUCGAGCGCGGGCAUGGCCGUCGAGGAGUUGCAGAGCACGAAUAUGCCAGAUGACGGGCAGGCAGAUGCCACGUCACCCACGUCAGGAUUUGUCAGCCUGUAUAUUACAGGCACCGCCUUGUGGGUACCGCCGGCCCACACAUGGUUGUCCCGGUUUUGCUGAUGGAUGCAGCCCGUGUGGGACCUUCAUGAGCGCCAUCGCCGUCGCGUGGGGGCUGCCGUCCUCGGGCGCAGGGCAGUGCAGCCGAAUAGCCACGUCCGCCGAGAAGACCGAUGCAUGGGAUUUGAAGCCGAACUGCGCGUCGGCUCCGGCGAAGAGCGGGACGAGGUCUGGGUGCGUGAGGACCUGUCUCGCUGUAUCGGUGCCGAAUGGACGGCAGCGUGUAAGAUAUCGCUCACUUUGACGUAAUUCUCGACGCUGUCACACUCAAUGAGGAGCACGGCUGUGGGGAAGGGAUGUUCGAGUCCCACUUUCUUGUAGUGCUCGUCCAGAGCUGGCCGUUCGCACCAGUUCGACUUUCUUGAAGUUCUGCUGCACGAAAGGAUGAAUGACCAGGACGUCCACAAGCUGCUUCAGUGCCAAAUCCAGAACGUGCUUGGGAACGUUCUCCGGAGCUCGAUGAAUUGAGACGAUUCCGACGGUUGUAGUGGCUGCCAUGAAUGAAGCCUUGUUAUUUGCAGGUCUCCUCUGAAGGGCUCUUUAUAGCGACAAGUGAAGCGGAUAGGCUGCGAAAACGCCCGCGAACUGUCUUCCGAGAUUCAACAGAGGGAGCUCUGACUCCGAUCGUGGUCAUGUGUAAAGUCAACUUGACAUUCAGCAGGCAUUGACGCACUAGUUUUCAGGAUCCCAACGGGGUCGUUGACUCCAAGAAUUGAGGUUUUUAUUUCUGUGACAUUAGCUUUCGAAUGCGCGCGCGCGCAGUAAGAGUUAUCCGACAAUUGAUGAUGGUAAAGUGGAU